UGCAAUCCAUGGAAAGAGGAUAUAAGGCACGUUGCUUUGCAACCAUUUUGCAAUUGCUAGCUUAAUAAUCAAAGCAGUGUAUUCAUGUCUGCACUUAAUACCACAUCGACCCCAACAAUGAGACCACGCUUCAGGCUAAAGAGAAAGAUUGCAAUGAAAGGUGUGACGACCAGAUUUAGAAGGAUGAAGACAGAUAUGGAAGAGAUAAGCAGAGAGCAGGAAAGCAUUAAGGAAGGGCAAAGGCAAGUUCGAGCGAAAUUCGAAGCAAUACAAGGAGAAUGUGAGAGGCUGAGGGAAGAAACUAACAACAUAAUCCAACAAAGUGCUAUGACUCAAAUUCGCCUUGGUAUCAUGUUCAACAUCCUCAAGGCACGAGAAGAAGGCAAUUUUGCUAGGGCUUCUAACCUAACUCAGCUGCUUCGGUCAGUUUAAUCCUUGUUUAAGCCAAGAUUACGUAAUGUAAUUUUUAUUCUCCCUUCUUUGUAAGAUAAAUAAUAGGAAAGGGAUGAUAGUCAGAAGCCGUUGUCGAUCUAUUUGGUUAGAAAUCUUAAGUUUGGGGUCAUGUAGUUAUUGUCUUGUUAAAGCUUUAAUUUGUUUAUGUAAAUUGAAUACUUGUUUUGAAUCCUUUA